AUGCCGCUGGUGCCCUCGGGCUCGUUCUACGUGGGCCGCCUGCCGGGCCUGCCUCCCGUCGAGAACGGACGCGAGUUCCAGGUGCUUGCGGGCUACCUGCCUGCGCGUGAGGCGGUCGGAAACGGCGCGCCGAAGGAUAAUGCGCACCUGUACUUUAUGCUGCACCGUGCGAUGUACAAGCCCAAGCGCCGCAAGCUCGUGAUCUGGCUCAACGGCGGCCCGGGGUGCUCGAGCUUUGACGGAUCGAUGAUGGAGAUUGGUGCGUGGCGCUUCGAGGGCGACAAGCUCAAGUGGAUGCUGCCGGGCGGCAGCUGGAACGAGUACGCGGAUGUGCUGUACGUCGAUCAGCCGGUCGGCACAGGCUUUUCGUAUGUAGAGAACCGCGCCUAUGCUUCGGAUCUGCCGCAGGUCGGCCGCGAGUUUGUCUUUUUCCUCAAAGAGUUUGUCAAGGCGUUUCCGGAAUACGCCAGGCAGCAACACAGCGCGCCGGGGCCGGGCGGCGCGGUGGACGUGUACAUUGCCGGCGAGAGCUACGCGGGCCAGUACAUCCCGUACAUUACCCAUGCGCUCCUCGAGACGCACGACCGCAUGCCGGUGCACCUCGCGGGCAUCGCGAUCGGAAACGGGUACAUGGACCCCAAGUCGCAGGCGGGCAGCGAAGUCGAUCUCCUCCUCGAGAAUCGCGUGUGGGAGAAGAAUGGGCGCGAGCACAAAGAGAUCAUGCGCCAGGUCGAUGCGUGCAACGAGGCACUGAAAAAGCACGCCAAGCCGCGCCUUGCGUACCCCGCGUGCGACGCCAUCAUGUCGCGCGUGCUCGACAUUAGCACGCACAAUGUCGACGGCAAGCCGUACUGCAUCAACUCGUACGACGUGCGCCUCGUCGACACGUCGCCCGCGUGCGGCAUGAACUGGCCGCAGGAGCUCGCGCAGGUGUACACCUACCUGCGCCAAGGCGACGUGCGUACCGCGCUGCACGUCGACAACAUGCACAAGCCGGAAGCCUGGGUCGAGUGCAACUCGGCUGUCGGCAGCCCGAUCCACGCGCACGCGGCCGACUCGGACGCGUCCGUGACACUCCUGCCGGACAUUCUGCAGGCAGGCGUGCAGGUACUGAUCUUUGCGGGCGACAAGGACGUGAUGUGCAACUAUAUCGGCCUCAAGCGCAUGGUCGACCGCCUGGAGUGGAGCGGCCACAAGGGGCUGGAGAGCGCGGCGCAGGACUGGCGCAUCAACGGCGAGCUCGUCGGGACGUGGCAGAGCGACCGCAACCUGACGUACGUGCGUGUGAACAAUGCGUCGCACAUGGUCGGCUACGACGCGCCGCUGCAGGCGCACGAUAUGAUGCUGCGUUUUAUGGACAUUGACAUGAACCUUGCGUCGGGGACCGCGGCGCUGAAUACGUCCACGGUCGGCCUCGACGCACGGAUCCUUGUGCCGGACCGUGGCAAGACGCAUGUGCCGAGCCACGCUGCGCCGCCGCAGGCCGCGCUCGAGACGCCGAGGCCCAGCGCAAGCACGCCCAAGCAGCAGCCGGCGCCGGGCGCCAAGUUUGACCUGCUCGGCAACCUGUUUGUCAUUGCGCUGAUCGCGGCGGCCGUCGGCGCGUGCCUGUGGGUGCGCCGCCGGUCGCGCGCUCGCCCGGGGCAGUACCACGCCGUGGGCCAGUACGUGCUCGGCGCCGAAAAUGGCCGCGGGCCCCUGCGCUCCCCGCCGCGCUACCCGCCGACGGAGCGCGUAGAGAUGGAGCCGUUUGCCCUAGGCGACGAGGACGAGGAGCUGGCCAAGUAG